AUGCUCACUAUGCAUAAAAUUGCGGGCCUUGCCCUGCUAUCACUAGUGGCAGCUGUUCCACACAGUUCCCAUUCAUCAAACACUAUUUAUGAUUAUAUCAUUGUUGGAGGUGGCACCAGCGGUCUGGUAGUCGCAAACCGUCUUUCAGAACUGAAGAAUAUCAACGUGCUUGUUAUAGAAGCUGGAGGCUCAGUAUACGAUAACCCUAACGUCACCGACACCGAGGGAUAUGGGAAUGCAUUUGGUACUGCCAUUGACUGGGCUUACCAGACCACAGAUCAAGAAUAUGGCGGAGGCCUUCCCCAAACAGUGAGAGCUGGAAAGGCACUGGGAGGCACAUCAACCAUAAAUGGUAUGGUUUAUCUGAGAGCUCAAAGCGCCCAAAUUGACGCAUGGGAAGCUCUUGGAAACAAGGGCUGGAACUGGAAAAAUCUAUACCCUUAUUAUCGCAAGGGUGAACAGUUCCAGGUUCCUAGCGAUUACUCAUGGUUGGAUGGCUCGGGAGUUGUGUAUGAUCCAGCGUAUCACGGAUAUAAUGGUCCUUUGAAAGUUGGCUGGGCUCCAACUCAGUUGAAUGAUGGCCUUGCACAGAAAUUGAACACCACCUAUCAAAAUAUGAAAACCCCCGUUCCGUACAACGAGGACCCAAAUGGGGGACAAAUGAUUGGGUACACACUGUAUCCAAAGACGGUCGAUUCAGACAAGAAUAUCCGCGAAGACGCCGCUCGCGCAUACUAUUACCCUUUCCAAAACCGAACGAACCUUCAAGUUUGGCUCGAUACUAACGUCAACAAGCUGACCUGGAAGAAGGAUGCAAAAGCAACUGCUGAAGGCGUCGAAGUUACUUUCGCAAAUGGCACAACUGCCGUCGUGAAGGCUACCCGUGAGGUCAUUCUCGCAGCUGGGGCGUUGAAGUCGCCAAUAUUGCUUGAGCUAUCCGGAGUUGGCAAUCCAGACAUUCUUUCUCGAUAUGGUAUUGAAAGUAAGAUUAACCUACCUACUGUUGGUGAAAACCUUCAGGAUCAAAUGAACAAUGGCAUUGCAUAUGAUUCGAAGACUAGCUACUCGAAGGUUGCAGAUUAUGUUGCAUAUCCAUCUGUGAAUCAACUUUUUACCAACGCUUCAGAAGUUGCCUCCCAGCUUCUCAGCAAGCUUCCUGCAUACGCUGCUCAGGUCGCCUCCGCUAAUGGUAAUAUUACCAAGGCCAGCGACCUUGAACGUUUCUUCAGAAUACAGUGGAACCUAAUUUUCAAGUCGCACAUUCCGGUAGCUGAGAUUCUUCUCGAGCCUUCCGGAACUACAUAUGAUACUGAAUACUGGGGUUCAGUUCCAUUUUCUCGUGGCAGUGUUCAUAUCUCCUCCAUAAAUCCCACUGCAGCCGCUACAAUCGAUCCGAAAUAUUUUAUGCUGGAUUUUGAUCUUCACGCCCAGGUCCAGGCGGCUCGUUUCAUUCGCCAAUUGUUCAAGACAGAGCCACUUGCGAGCAUGGCUGGCGCGGAAACUAGCCCCAGUAUUCCUGUCGUAGCUGCGGAUGCUGAUGAUAAGGGCUGGUCAUCCUUUAUCAAGAACAACUACCGGUCAAAUUUCCACCCUAUUAGUACGGCUGCUAUGAUGCCCGAGGAGAUCGGUGGAGUUGUUGAUACUUCUUUGAAGGUGUAUGGAACCUCAAAUGUCCGUGUUGUGGAUGCGUCUAUCAUGCCAUUCCAGGUAUGUGGGCAUCUUCAGAGCACAGUCUAUGCUGUUGCUGAGCGUGCUGCGGAUAUCAUCAAAGGGAUUGUGUAA